AUGGCAGUGGUGGCAAAAGCAUGGCUCAAAAGGAUUUGCUCCGCAAGCUGUGCUAGUAAUGUUAUCAAGUUUUCGCCAAGGGACCUGGGCGAAGUAGAGCUCUCCCCAAGAUCACUGGUGCUGAGGUCAAGGUACCCUUAUUCGUUGGUCUACGAGACCAGAGAUGCUUUGUUCGAUACCCAACAGAGGACUAAGACAGAGUACUUGGAGUACAAGUUCAGUGACGUGAUACAGGUAGAGGACGAGGAUGUGCAGCUUGAUACUCAGGUCAUCCCCAAGAAAGAAAGUUUCAAGUACAUGGGGUCGAUCAAUAUCCAAGGGAAUAGUGAGAUUGAUGACGAAGUCACACAUAGUAUUGGAGCGGGAUGGCUAAAACGGAAGCUCGCAUCAGGUGUGUUGUGCAAUAAGAAUGUGCUGCCUAGACUUAAGGGAAAGUUCUACAAAGUGGUGGUUAAACCGACAAUGUUGUAUGGGAUGGAGUGCUGGCCAGUUAAGAAAGCUCAUGUCCAGAAGAUGAAGGUAGCAGAGAUGCAGAUGCUAAGAUGGAUGUGUGGGCAUACCAGGUGA